AUGGCCAACGUUGGAUCAGCGAAACCACCCCAUUGGUCACAAGAGGAAAUCAAGGCAUUGGCGAUUGCCCACCGUAAGGUCUCUGAAGAUCCAGUGGAGGGGGUUAAACAAACUGGCGCUACAUACCAUGCUCGGAUUGUUGAAGAAUGGACGAAGCAAGCCCCUUCUGGUGAUGAUCGUCGUUGUGGAACGUGGUCUGAUCGAAAUGGUGACACAGUUGCCAACUACCUCCGCGACUCCAUCAAGGCCAAAUGCCCCAAGUUCAAUGCUGCUCUAAUGGCAGUAGAUAGAGCAAAGCCUACCGGUGUUGAUGAGAAACAGCAAUUGAAUAUGGCCUACGCAUUCUACAUUGAAAAUACCAAGAAAAUCGCUGACCACGAAUUCAAGGACUUUGACAUCAAAAAAUGGAGGUUCUACGAUGCAUGGAAAAUCCUCAAAGACAUGAGAUACUUUGAGAGCGAGGCUGCCAAUAAUCUUUGUGGACGAGAUGCCAAUUUGCCUUCUCCGGGAUCAAAGGCUGGUAGACCCAAGGGAACAAAGCUUUCAAAGGUCCAGGAGGUCAUUGAACGCCGCCAAGCUUCCCGCGAGGCCUAUCGGAAGCUGGCAGAAGUCAAACAUGAGGAAAGACAUAAGGAAGUGGCAAAACGGAUCGACACUCUAGCCACUCAAAUUCAAGAAAGUACCGCUAGCCUGCAGGCAAUGUGCGAAACAAUGGUGUCCCAAAAUAAGUUGAAGACCUACCGUAGCUUGAUGAAAGUUGCGCCACCUUCCAAGAAGCAGAAGCUGCAGGCUUUGAUCAAUGAAGAAAGUCAAAACAUGCUUGAAGGGUCUGGUCUUUCACUUGAUGAUGUUGCAGUACUCUAA